AUGGUCAAGACUGGAGAAUCCGCGGACCCCAUCGUCACUCGCCUCGUCGAGGAGGACAAGGUACCAUGGUACAGGAAGCCUAACCUUCGGGUUAUGUACGUCUACCUGUUCCUGUGCUGCAUGGGUGUUGAGAUGACCUCUGGUUUCGAUUCUCAACUCAUCAACACACUGCAAUUCUCGGGACCUUUCAACAAGUACUUCGGCAAUGGAUACAUCAGCCCCAAGACGAAGAAGCCCGCCAUUGAGGAUGGCCUCCUUGGUUUCAUUUCUUCGUGCUAUCAACUCGGCUCUAUUCUUGCUGUCCCUAUAGCUCCGUGGUUCAACCAGAAAUAUGGCCGACGAUGGUCCAUCAUGACCGGUUCACUGAUCAUGUGUGUCGGAGCCAUCCUUCAGGGUUUCUCCCAGCAUGUCGCCAUGUACAUCAUUGCUCGUAUGCUGCUCGGUGUGGGUAUCGUCUUCUGCAUUAUCUCCGGAUCUGCUUUGAUUGGUGAACUCGGUCACCCCAAAGAGCGUGCCUACUUGACUUCGCUUUUCAACGCUUCGUACUUUGUUGGGUCCAUCGUUGCGGCUGCCAUCGCCAUCAAGACCGUUGAGAUUGCCGGAAACUGGAGCUGGCGUCUGCCCUCUCUGCUGCAAAUCUGCCCAUCUCUGCUCCAAAUCGCCACCGUGUUCUUGAUUCCUGAGAGUCCCCGUUGGCUUGUCAGUAAAGACCGCGAUGACGAAGCCUUCGCCAUCCUGACCAAAUAUCACGCCGAAGGCGACGCUAGCUCUGUCCUGGUGCAAGCCGAGAUGGCUCAAAUUCGAUCCACCAUUAAGCUCGAGCUCGAGAACUCCAAACAAUCUUGGAUGGAUAUGAUCCGCACCCCUGGUAUGCGCCGACGUGUUCUCAUCGCCUGUAUGAUGGGUCUCUUCACCCAGAUGAGCGGUAACACAUUGCUAUCCUACUACUCCAAUCUUCUCUUCGAGAUGAUGGGAUACACCACCGACUACGCUAAGACUCGCAUCAACAUUGCCAAUCAGUGCUGGUCCUUGAUCAACGGUGUUGUCAUCGCACUUGUCGUCACCCGCUUCCGCCGUCGCUGGAUGUUCAUGCUUUCCGCGGCAAGCAUGUGUCUCGUCUUCAUCGGCAUGACCACCUCAUUCCAGAGCCUCCGUGCCGCGAAAGACGGCGGCACCACCAACAAGUCUGCAGGAAUUGCUGCGCUGUUCUUCUACUUCGCCUACUCGCCAUGCUACAACAUCGGUAACAACUCGCUCACAUACACUUACCUUGUCGAAAUCUUCCCAUACGCCCAGCGUACCAUGGGUAUCGGUGUCGAGCAGAUCUUCGGCAAGCUCGGCGGCUUCUUCUCCACCAACGUCAACCCCAAGGCCCUCAACGCCAUCGACUGGAAGUUCCUCGCCAUCUACUGCGGAUGGAUCACCUUUGAGUUCCUCACCGUCUACCUGCUCUACCCUGAGACGUACAAUCGCACCCUCGAGGAGCUCACCUUCUUGUUCGAAGAUAAGGAGCUCGCCGAGAGGCAGGCCGCCGCCGUCGAGAAGCAGAUCCACGAGGGCGGUGAACUCGGCGCUGUGGACGAGAAGCACAUCGCUACCCACCAUGAGCGCGCCAUCUAG